GUAGAAGAUACUAUCAGUUUUUAGGAAGGAGGGGAUCAUCUUUAGGCCAUGUUGAAAGAAUCGAAGCCUCAACUGCUGAACCUGCAUACUAAAUAGGGAAGAGAAGCCAUUGGACCCAAAAAAGGGGGGAAAAAACAACGGACAGGCAGGAGCCGCGAAGAACCCCGCAAGCCUCAACAAUACGGGCAGCUGCAGCUUCUAUUCUUUUACCCUGCUCCUUGCACCGGGGCAAAAACCUGUUUCUAAUCCAAAGCUGGAAUGGAGGACGAGGAGCACGAGGUGUACGGAGGCGAGAUCCCUGAUGUUGGCGAGAUGGAAGGGGACUUGGAUUCUCACAAUGCCGACGUCGACAUGUCAGCUGCCGACGAUGAAGCUGUCAAGGAACUGGACGAGAUGAAGAAGCGAUUGAAGGAGAUGGAAGAGGAGGCCGCAGCUCUCCGAGAGAUGCAGGCCAAGGUCGAGAAGGAGAUGGGAGCGGUUCAAGAUCCUGCUAGUGCAGUUGCUUCUCAAGCGAACAAGGAGGAGGUGGAUUCUCGAUCUGUUUUUGUUGGCAAUGUUGAUUACGCAUGCACACCAGAAGAAGUGCAGCAGCACUUCCAAUCAUGUGGUACAGUAAACAGAGUCACUAUAUUGACUGACAAGUAUGGCCAACCUAAGGGAUUUGCUUAUGUGGAAUUUCUUGAAACUGAAGCUGUUCAAGAGGCUCUUCUUUUGAAUGAAUCCGAAUUGCAUGGCCGUCAGUUGAAGGUUUUACUUAAGAGGACCAACGUUCCUGGCAUGAAACAGUAUCGUCCUAGGCGUUUCAAUCCUUACCUGGCAUACCGCUUUAGGAGGCCAUAUCCUCCUCCUUACUUCUACUCCGCUUAUGGAUAUGGGAAGUUUCCCAGGUUUAGGAGGCCAGGCCGAUACAUGCCUUACUAUUAGAAGAUCAUAAGCCGUGAUGUUAACGAUACAAUGAUGUGCGAAUCCUGAAGCCGUGAUCUGAUAGAAUUUUAUAGUGCUAAAUUUUGUUUUGUAUUAUAUGGAAUUUAACCCCCACAGAGACUUCAUUGGGCUCUGUUACUGGUCUUGGCUUUAGACUUUCUAGUGGGUAAUUUAUCGAUUAUGAACCUCCAGUGUUUGCACUGUUUAAAA